GUGGAACGACUUUUUACGACGGCUCCGUUCAGUGCGGUCUGUGCGGGUACGGGAUUAUUUGAAUUUUAUGCUCCUGCUGAUCGUUCGGUCUGGUGCUGAGCGUGCAAUUGUGGAUCGUUUUAUGAUAGUGUUUGCUUGCGUGUAGUUCAAUGCAAAGUGUGUGACAAUGUUUGCGUGCCAGUGUUCGAUGUGUUUGAAGUGCCGCUUUUCAGUUAAGAACCGUUCAGUUUAGUUGUUUUAGCCCUGUAUUAUCCCCAGCUCCCAUUUGCACAGAAAUGUGUCUUGCGUUUAGUACAAGUUCCACCGUCUGCCUGUGUCCUUUCGUUUUUAAGACCCUUAAAGUUCAGAGGUACCUAGGCUAGAAGAAUGUGAUACAUUUCGCUGGAAAAGAUUUUUAAUUGCCGUGUGUGAGUGUGUGUGUGUGUGUGUGUGAUACCGUAGCGUUCCCGAUGCGUUUGAAGUACAAACACAAACUAGUGCAGCUCGAUUGACUGUUGCAAAGUGAAAAAGUACACGAGCGUUACCUCUAAUUGAUUGGAAAUAAAUGAAGACCCGUGUGCAGGCCUUUCGCACCAUCAAGCGUUCUACCGGAAGUUGUGCGAGAAAAUAGUUCCAUUCCAAGCACCUGAAGCUUGCUUAAGGCUCCCUAUCUCCCCGUUCCUUCCCUAUAUUUAAAACCGUUCCCCUAGUUCCCGGUGCCGGUUGUAGGCGCGAGGACAUGCGAACCCGGCUGGCUUCGCUGAUCGUCGUGAAACAGGAGCCACUGUCGGCCACAUCACCGCCCCCUCCAACACCGCACGCGUCCGCCCAUCCCCUGUCCGGUGCGUCCUUUUCGUCGCCCUCCUCGUCGUCGUCGUCCUCGUCGUCCUCCUGCUCCUCGGCCAGCUCGUCCUCCAGCCCCCCGUCCAGCCUCUUCCGUUCGUCGCUCGUGGUCGCCGAUGGCUGCGACGGGCUGCAGUGCUAUGGCAGCUUCGGUCCCGCUGCCAGCGCGGUCGAACUGAAGCAUCCGGGCCAGCCGAGGGUGGCCGACGGGGUGGUGGUGGUGGUGCAGCACCAGCAGCAGCAGUCCGCACCGCACGCGGACCUGGUGGCACAGUACUUUUGCGACCGCAAUGGCCACGGUUACGGUGCGCACGCGAACGGUUCCGGCGGCGAUCUGAACAACAAUGAUCCGUCCAGCGAGCAGUUUGAGUUUUUUGACGAGAAAAAGUGUGCUCCCCAUUUGCUAUCGCGAGUGGCAACCUCACCGGUCCCAUCGGCGGUCCCAGCCGCAGAUCCAUCGUCAGUGUCGCAGCCAGCGAGUCUGACGGCCACAAGAAGUCCCCUGACGCCCGGUCGCAGCGGUUCCGGUACAGCGUCCGGCACCAGUGGCCAUCCGCACGACAACCUGCGCAAAGUAGCAGUAUCAGCAGCAGCAGCAGCAGCCGCGGACAGUAGUAACAGCUCAACGACAAGCAUGUUACUGCUGCAGCCACAGGCGUCAUCUUUUAGUUCCGUUUCUUCAUUUGAUUAUUUACUGUCACAAUCGCAGAGCCAUCAUCAGGAGCAGUCGUCCUAUCACCAUUCGCAUCUGCCACAGGAGCAGCAGCAACAGCAGCAACAGCAGCAGCAUCAUCAACAACAACAUCACCAUCACCCACAACAGCCCCAUUCGUCGCUGGGACAUUCCCAAUCGCUUCAUCACGAGCAGCAACACCACCACCAGCAACAGCACCCUCACCAGCACCAGCACCAUCAGCUCGCGUCCGGGCUAGACAAGUUCGUGGAGCUGUUCAGUGCGGCCCAGCCGCACACGCCGGCCGAAUCGAUCACCACCGAGUCGUACCUAGCGGACCAGACGCAACAUUCCAACAGCUCCAGCGACACGCUCGUCGGGCUCGAGGACAACCCGUCCACGUUCGGUGGCUCGAGCGACAGCAUCCCGUCCGCGCUGCUGAAGGCGUCCUACAAGGAGGAGCUUCCGAGCCCGUUCAGUGCAGGGCCGUCAACACGAGCGCCCACCACCGAGCCGCCCGACACGGAUCUCCUGUUCGAGUCGUCCUCCACCGAAGAGCUCGGGCUGCUGACGCUACGGUCUAGCAGCGAUCCGGUGCUGGCGAGCAGUGCCCGUCUGCCCCAAGCGAUUGUUCACGCGCAGCAGGGACAGCAAAGGCCCAACGCGCCGGCCACCGCCGGUCCGAGCGGUGUGGAGUCGGUGGCGGCAGCAGCAGCGGCCGCCUCACUGCUGCCCAGCUUCCAGGAAACGUACCCGAUCAAGUACAACCAGCUGGCCAGCUACGGGCUGAAGAUGGACGACGAUUGCUUCAAGAUGGCGACCUCCCCGCACCAUCAUCAGGCUGUGACGGCGGCCUACGCCCACCAUGGCAGUGUGUACGGGCAUGGCCAUCAGCACCAUCACCAUCAGCAUCACGGUGGAGUGGCGGUCGGUGGCGUUGGGCUCGUCGGUACCGGGCUGCACCAGGGCCAUUACGAGUUUGGAGCGCACACGGCUGGUGGAGCUAGUGGAGGCAUCACGCAGUACAACAACCCGGCAGGACCUCCAGGAAGUGGUGGAGGUGGUGGAGCUGGUGGCACUGCAACUGGAAGCUUCUAUUCCCCUUCGUACGAGCAACAUCCAGCUGGCUAUGGUGGACAGGUCAGUGCACAGGACACGUACUCGCUGCCACCGUUCCCGACGGUGGCCGAGCUGCACGUCACCACGACCUGCCAUCGCCGCUCGUCCCUCCCGAUACAGCGCUCCGAGUCGACGUCCAGCAGCGAAAGCCCCAAACCGCCCCGGAUUGCCAUCUACAACAAGUAUUCGGCGCUUCCGAGUGCCUCCAGCUCGGCAUCCAGCUCGCCAGGCUACAUGAACAACAACAAUCCGAACACGAUCAACAACAAUGAGGUGGCGGCGGCGGCGGCAGCAGCCGCAGCAGCAGCAGCAGCAACUUCCGCCGGCGGUAUCGUUGGAGCAGGUGCCCCAACUCCCGUAGUGGCGCCACCGCCGACUGCCGCUUCUACCGUAGUGGCCCGCGCAACCCCGACCUCCCAGAGCCCAUCGCAACUCUGUGCCGUGUGCGGGGAUACGGCCGCCUGCCAGCACUAUGGCGUGCGAACGUGCGAAGGCUGCAAGGGCUUCUUCAAGCGCACCGUCCAGAAGGGCUCCAAGUACGUGUGCCUCGCGGACAAAGCGUGCCCGGUGGACAAGCGGCGACGGAACCGGUGCCAGUUCUGCCGCUUCCAGAAGUGUCUCGCCGUCGGCAUGGUAAAGGAGGUCGUCCGUACCGACUCGCUGAAGGGUCGGCGCGGUCGGCUACCGUCCAAGCCGAAGUCACCGCAGGAGUCACCGCCGAGCCCGCCCGUCUCGAUGAUAACGGCGCUGGUGCGUGCGCACGUCGACACGACGCCCGAUCUCGCCAGCCUCGACUACAGCCAGUACCGGGAGCCGGGGCAGAACGAGCCGAUCAUCACCGAGGCGGAGAAGGUGCAGCAGUUCUACAACCUGCUCACCACCUCGGUCGACGUGAUCAAACACUUUGCCGACAAGCUGCCCGGGUACAACGAUCUCAGCGUCGAGGACCAGGAGCUGCUGUUCCAGUCGGCCUCGCUCGAGCUGUUCGUGCUGCGGCUAUCGUACCGGGCCCGCAGUGACGACACCAAGAUGACCUUCUGCAACGGUGUCGUCCUGCACCGCCACCAGUGCCAGCGAUCGUUCGGCGACUGGCUGAACGCGAUACUGGAGUUCAGUAAGAGCCUGCACGCGAUGCAGAUCGACAUCUCCGCGUUUGCCUGCCUGUGUGCGCUGACGCUCGUAACGGAACGCCACGGUCUCCGGGAGCCGAAAAAGGUCGAGCAGCUGCAGAUGAAGAUCAUCAGCAGCUUGCGCGAUCACGUCACGUACAACUCGGAGGCGCAGCGCAAACCGCACUACUUUAGCCGGCUGCUCGGCAAGCUGCCCGAGCUCCGGUCGCUGAGCGUCCAGGGACUGCAGCGGAUAUUCUAUCUCAAGCUGGAGGAUCUCGUACCGGCACCGCCCCUGAUCGAGAACAUGUUCUUGGCCAGUCUGCCCUUCUAAACCUCCACCCCCCCCCCCCCGUACUUAC